UGUUCUCACAUAUUGACAAAGAAGAUGAUGAGAUCUUUUCUUAAUCUGUUGUCUUCUCUCUUUUCAGGUGAUUCAAGUUUGAUUCCUCGAAAGUUGAUUGAGUUUUUGGUUGACGAAGAUGACGUUUCACUCAGCGACAGUGAAUCUGAGGAGGAAUAUGAAAUAGUCAACAAAGAGGAUCAACUUGCAACUGAAGGUGUUGAUGCUUUAGAAGCAAACAAUGAGAAUGAGAGGAGAGGUGAACUUUGUAUUGGAAUGGAGUUUAGUUCUGUUGAGACUGCGCAUAAAGCUUAUUGUAAGUAUGCAAGCAGUCAUGGUUUUAAUGUAAGGAAACAAAGGAGGACGAAAAAAAAUAAAGAAGAUGAAAAGGUAGCAAGGAUUCUUUAUGUAUGCUCAAAAGAAGGGGUUAGGAAGGAAUCUAAGUUCAAAAGAUCUUAUACCCGACCAAUCACAAGGUGUGGUUGUAAAGCUCAUAUGGCUUGUUACCUUCAGAGUAGCGGUAGGUAUAAGAUUGUGUCUUUCGAACCGAAUCAUAACCAUGACUUAGUGAGGACACCUAUGAAGCAUUUGCUGAAGGGAAAUCGAGCAGUCACUGUCUCUCAAAAACAACAUGCUGAUGAUGCUGAGAUGUCAGGAAUUUCAGCAAAAGCAACUGUUGAAAUGAUGAGCAUGGAAGUUGGGGGGAGAGAAAAUCUAGGUUUUUUGGAGAAAGACUAUCGCAAUUACAUAUACCGUAAGCGGAUGGUAGCAAUGAUAAAAGGAGAUGCUGGAGCAGUUUUAGAAUACUUUCAGAAAAAGAAAGAAGAUAAUUCUUCUUUUUUUUAUUCAAUGCAACUUGAUAAAGACGAUAUGAUCACUAAUAUCUUCUGGGCGGAUGAUCGGUCUAUAAACGAUUACAAUCUCUUUGGAGAUGUCAUUUGCUUUGACACAACUUAUAAGACCAAUGAGUAUGAUAGACCAUUUGCUCCAUUUGUCGGGGUUAAUCAUCAUAAGCAAACUGUUGUGUUCGGAGCUGCUCUUUUAUAUGAUGAAACGACUGAGUCUUUUAAGUGGCUUUUUGAGACUUUUCUUGGAGCAAUGUCUGGAAAACCACCAAAAACAAUUCUUACUGACCAGUCUGCAGCAAUGGCAAAUGCAAUAGUGAAGGUGUUUCCAGAAACAAAACAUAGGUUAUGUGUCUGGCAUAUUUACCAUAAUGCCGCCAAGAAUUUGAGUCGUGUAUUUCACGGACCAGACCAGUUUGCCAUGGAUUUUGGAAAGUGUGUAUAUGACCAUGAGGAAGAAGAAGACUGGUUAUUGGCGUGGAGUGAUAUGCUCAAUAAGCAUAAAUUGACAGAGAAUAAAUGGUUGAAGAAUUUGUUUGACGUGAUUCACGAAAAUCUAACGACUAUAUGGUCAAUUAUCUUAAUGACUUUGUACCUUCUUCUCUGAUACUCUUCUUUG